AUGUCCGAAGCAAAGGCAAAGAAGGUGAGAAAGCCUCAACCAGAAGAAGAGUACAUACGACAGAGAGAUGAGUUCAAACAAGUAGGACCAACUAUUAAUACUGACGGAUGGCUAGAGAAUGACUGGAACGCAUUAGAUCCAGAACGAAAGGUCGACAGAGUAAGAAUGCUACAUGCAUGUGAAAGAGCGUACUUCCUACGAGAUUGGGGCAAGUGUUUGGAGUUGAUCCAAAGGACUGAAGAGCUUCUAGGAGUUAGCGAGCGAGCCAUACAAGAUGCUACGGCACUGCUUGAGUUUAAGAAAGUUCGAAAGUCUGCUAAAGUCGAGAGACAUAUAGUUGAACUCAUUAAUAUCAAAGAAAGGGUACUUAAGAGAAUGGAGCAAGAGUAA